UUCGAAUGCACCCUGUGGAUAAGCCUUCUUCUCUUCUUCCUUCUUCCCUUCAUCUUAUUCAAAAAGAGAAAACGCUCAUUUACAGAGAAAAGAAGAACAAAAUAUCUCAACAAAGCUCGAGAAAAAGCUUCAAAUAAGCGGCCAUGUUUAUCAUCAACCACCGCUCCCUGCGCUUCCACCAUUAACAAUCCACCAACUUCAGCAGAGUGGGAACAGAAACGAAAUCAACGAGUAAAAAAACCCGCCGAGCGGAACAGAGAGAAAUGUCAGUUUUGGCGGCGAAUUCGCAUAUUUUAUGCAGAGAAUUAUCCCGCAGAGACCGUCAACAUCAACAUAACCAGUUAUGGGGAAGUGGCUGUCCUUCGUUAUCCCAAAAACCAUGUGGGAUUUUCUGGGUCGAUCAUCGGCGACCCAGGAACUGCAAAGGAGUGGUGAACAGAGAUUUGAGAAUGGCGGCCUUUGGACGUGAUUUGUCUAAACAGGAUGCAGUUGCAGAGAUGGAAGAAAUCAGAGACUGUGAUCAUCUUGAUCAGAUUCUUCUUCGUGCACAAGAACUCUCCAAGCCCAUUCUCAUUGACUGGAUGGCUUCUUGGUGCCGGAAGUGCAUAUACUUGAAGCCGAAGUUGGAGAAACUGGCUGUUGAGUUUGAUACCAAAAUCAAAUUUUACUGCGUGGAUGUAAACAAGGUGCCUCAAGCUCUUGUCAAGCGUGGAAAAAUCUCUAAAAUGCCAACCAUUCAGGUGUGGAAAGAUGGAGAGAUGAAAGAAGAGGUGAUUGGAGGGCAUAAAGGAUGGCUUGUGAUUGAGGAAGUGAGGGAAAUGAUCAAGAAGUUCGUAUGAGAUUUUGUGGAUUCCUUUCACUUGAUCCGUUUCCAUGUCUACAGAAUAUGGCCUUUGUUGUAAGUCUAUAUAUGUAUAUAUACAGGCACUGUAAUAAAACCACCUUCAAUCAAUGUCGAUUGAGGAGGUUUUCUUUUUUCCCUCAAGGAAAAGAAGCAAUAGCUUAGUUUUUGGUCA